AUGGUUUCAGCAAAUCAUCAGGAAGAGGGGCGCACACGGAAUAUGCAGGCGGCUUUUAAUAUCACUACUAAAUAUUGCCAUAAGGAGAUGGAGGCAUACGGGUCCUGUGUGGCGUCAAAUCCAUCAUCCUGGCAGCAUACCUGUCAUGACUUAAAGAUGAAAGUUGCACAUUGCACUUCGACUCACCCAGUCAUCCAGAAGAUUAGACAAGGCUGCUCAAAGGAGUUUGGGGAUUUUGAGAAAUGUCUCAGCGAAAACCAAGACCAGCCUACCUCUUGUUCCCCUCAUGUGGCCCGCUUUCUAGCAUGUGCAGAGACUGUGGACCUCAGUCAAGAAGAUACAAGUGCAGUGCCCCAGUCGUCAUAA